AUCACUGUUCAUUCUCUCAUUGCUGCUACUGCUGCCGCUGCUGCUCUGCGUCAGACUUUGGAUCGAGAAAUCGCAGAGGUUCGGCACGUCAUAAAGAUCCUCAUAUCGACUGGCUGCUCUUGUCUCCCCUUCUCCAAUGGCAAACUCCCUUCUAAUCAGCCCUUUGAUACUCGCCAUGUCACUGUGUUCCACGCAGUGAACCCAGAAACAAAAUCCCAUCCACUUGGCAUCUGGUCGCACAGACCAACAUCGAGUUGUCUGUGUGAGAACAUCGCAUACGACGUGGAAGAGGCCUGAGUAGCUCUCGACUCCAUCUCAUACUCUCGUUUCAGCAAUAUCAUCACUUCACGCGAUCUCCAAAUAUUACCCUCCUUUGCUCCACUUCAGGGGGCACAUCGACAUCUAAUGUCUCUUUUCCAAUCAAUCUCCAGCUUCUUCGGAGGAGGAGGAAACAACGCUUCAUCGUCUCGACAAGCUAGAAGAGCAGCUGUCAACUCAACAUAUGAUGCGUUCUCCUUGCCUCGAACCGAUGGCAAAUACCGCGAAGGAUCUUUGGGUCCAAGCAUGAAUGACGGAAUGAGCGAUAUCUCAUCUCCAGGCCCGAGCAGAAGGGCCAGUACAGCGUACACCUAUCCCCCGCGCGAGAGCUAUCAACCCUCAUCCAACAUAUACCCGCCUCUCUCUCAUACCUUCAAUCGACUGCGCAGAGCCCUCAGCGACACUUUCCCAGAGCUGCUGGAAACUCUGAACGGACCUGUGGACCCGUCGCUUUUGGCUGCAUUCGAACAGGAAUUAGGGUAUCCUUUGCCUCCCGCCGUUCGUGAUACUCUCUUGAUUGCCGACGGUCAAGACCUCGAUUCCGGUUGCAUCGGACUAUUCUACGGACUCUACCUUUUACCCCUGGAGGAAGUGAUCCGCGAAUGGACGUUCUGGCGGACGGCCGAGUAUGACCCCGACGCGGGUCAGAACCCAGUCUUGCUUGCUACCAUGGCCAGUGUCCCUCCGUCCUGGAUCAAAGGACUUUACGCGUGUCGCGGAUGGCUACCACUGAUCAGUGAUCGAGCUGGAAACUAUGUCGGUGUAGACCUCGAGCCGGGUCCAGGCGGUACAUUCGGUCAAGUCAUCGUGUUUGGACGUGAUUUUGACCGCAAAUGUGUUCUGUGGAGGGGAGAUGGUACCAGCGGAUGGGGCAAAUGGAUAUCGGGAUUCGUCGACGAAUUAGAAAGUGGAGACGGAUGGGAGGCCGACAAAUCCAACUCCUCGGAUGAAGAGGAGGAGCUUGGCUACAGCAAUUACAAUGGAGGAGCUCUUGCAGGAGAAAUCGGCAAGGGAUUCCGUCUCGCCGGAGAGUACCGAGGAUGGAACGUCCUGGAGGCCUGGUGGGAUCGAAGUGUAAGGCAAUGGGAGAAUUUAGGUCUCGGGAUGGACGUAGAAGAGGUGGAACGAGGCCUUCUAGAGGCUCGGCGUCUAGCUGGGUGGGAUCAGUCAGAGCAGAAAUUAUCCAAAGAGGGGUCGAGUGGGACUUCCAACGGGGUCGAGGUCGCAGUGCUCGCCUCUCCGCAAGUAGACACAACACCUUCCACACCUACACCUGCAGAUUCGGACAUCCUCCUGCCGCCGACGUCACCCGAUCAUCCCAUAAAUCAUCGACACCAUGGCAAGACGCCGAUUCGUAUGGUCACCCCUGCAGCUUCCACCCCUUCACAUCCUCUACAACGCGCCCUUCAUCCCUCAGAUAACAAUCUCCUGACCCCCUCUGAUGCGAGACGGCGUCGUGCCCCGCCUCCAGCACCCGUGGCGCUGGACCUCCCCACCCGUGCCGACGUCCAAGCGAUGAGUGCCAUUGCUCAGGCAGAAGUAGGUGGACUCCGAGGAGGAUGGAUCAUGAACAUGGACACGACGGGAUCAAGACGUUACCGACCGAGCGUGGAGGAAGAAAUGGUCGACAUUGACCUCGAAGGGGGCAGGUCUGAAAAGUUUGGCGCUUCAAAGUGGAUGCGAGAGGAGGUCAACAAGGACCGAGAUGGGGCUCGCGAAGUAUCUGCCGAAGAUCGCAGCAAAUUCAUGCCUUUAAUGACGACAAGGACUCCUUCGCCUCUAUCACGAGGACCGUCUGUGGAGUCUCCUCGUAUCGAUUCACCGAGCAAAGUUGAUUACCCCGACAAUACGCCUCGUGCUGCUCAACGAGACAGUACUGGUUUGAACCUCGGCGUUCAAGGGGCCUCACAACAUCUUCAACGGCCUCCGGCUGCUGUCAGUGGUACGAGCCCGAGUCGCGUCAAAAGCUGGCAAGAUGAUGGAGACAACGUGGUCAUCCGGAACGGAGGCACGACCAUGAGCAGGAGCGAAAGAGAGUCGUCUGUCAUAUCGACAGGCAGUAAUGAUGGUUUGCUCGACGGAAGAUCGGUAGCAUCUCGCAGUGCUUCCCCCGCACCUUCAGAAGCGCAAUCAGGUCAUCGACGGGUGUAUAGUGGUGAUCUUUCCGAUCAUCUGAACUCUCCUGCGACUGUCAAAGCCGGAAGGAGCGCCGAUCCUGACCGGCCGCCGCCGCGGCCAACUCACCACUCGAAACGAUCUUCUAUGAGAAUGUCGGCAGCGAAACCCAUUAGCAGUCUAGAGGAAGGAAUGGAGGAUGUGAGUCUAGGAGAAGAUAGGCAAGGCCAAGUGAUGGGCUAGUCCAUCAAGCAUGUAUCGCGUAUCUAUUUAC